UUUUCCGAAGAGGAUCCUUUAGUAUGGGCAUGUCUUUUUGGCAUGCGUUAAUAAAGACGCAAACCCAAACAUAAAAAGGCCUCCUCUCCUAACCACUAAUUCCCCCUCUUUUCUCCUUUUUAACUCACUCACUACACAAUCAUAUUCAUUAUCAAAACCACAACCACACGGGAAAAGAAAAACUGAACAAAGCAAAGCAAAGCUCUUCUUCUUCUUCUUCUUCUUCUUCUUCUUCUUCUUCUUCUUCUUCUUCUUCUUCUUCUUCUUCUUCUUAGCUAAUUCAAUUAGCUAUGAGAGUUCCUAUUCCCAGUCAUCAAUCAUCCUUACCCUCUUCUACUCCUAAACUCCACUCCGAGCCCACCUCCGUCCUCGAUCUCCGCCGCAGCCCUAGCCCGGUGGCGCACGACAACCCCCACUCCUCCGUCCACGACCGCCACAUCAACAACAACAACCCUUCUCUAGAUUGGGAUGAACAUAAUCUUCACAAUUUAGAUUGGGACUCCAUCAUGGGCGAUUUGGGCUUACAAGAUGACUCCAAUUCUGCUCUCAGAAACACCAUCACUACCACCACCAACAAUAUUCAUCAUCUUCUUCCUUACACCUUCCCUGAAUUUCUCCAUUCCAACUCCUUGGAUCAAACCCCCCACCUUCUCCCCCCUGAUUUCUCCAUCUCUGAACCCUUUUCCACCCUCCAAACCUUCAAUUCCUUCAAUUUCGACCCCAAUUCCAACAACCCAUCUCUUGAUUUCCUCGAAGAUAUUGUUUCUGCUGCCGAUUGCUUCGAUUCCAACGAUUUCCAACUCGCUCAUGUGAUAUUGGAGCGCCUCAAUCAACGCCUUCAAUCCUCCUCCUCUGCUAAGCCCCUUCACCGAGCUGCUUUCUUCAUCAAAGACGCUCUUCAAUCUCUCCUCUCUCCCUCUCCCAACCGCCAUAAUCGCCUCUCUUCUUGGCCCGAUAUCGUCCAUACUAUCAAAGCCUACAAGGCCUUCUCUGUAAUUUCUCCCAUUCCCAUGUUUUCUCACUUCACCACCAAUCAAGCCCUUCUCGAAGCUCUCAACGCUUCCUCCUUUAUUCAUAUUGUUGAUUUCGAUAUUGGAUUUGGAGGGCAGUACGCCUCUUUCAUGAAGGAGAUUGCUGAGAAAGCAGAGUCCAAGAACAUCGUUCCACCGGUGCUCCGGAUUACCGCCGUCGUGCCUGAGGAGUUUGCGAUUGAGAGUAGGUUGAUUAGAGAGAAUCUCUGCCAGUUUGCUCAGGAUUUGAAAAUUCGAUUUCAUAUAGAUCUCGUGCCGCUUCGAACUUUCCAGACGUUGUCUUUCAAAUCUGUGAAAUUCAUGGAGGGGGAGAAGGCGGCGGUUCUGUUGACUCCGACCAUCUUCCGUCGUCUCGGGAGUGUAAACGUCAUAGCCUCUUUUCUCGCCGAUAUUCGGCGGGUGUCGCCGUGCGUCGUCGUGUUCGUCGACGGCGAAGGGUGGUCGGACUCUGGUGCGGCGUCGUUCAAGAAGAAUUUGGUGAAAAUUUUGGAGUUUUACGCGACGAUGCUAGAGUCGGUGGAUGCGGCGGGUGUAAGCAGUGAGUGGGUGCGAAGGAUUGAGACGUUCGUACUCCGACCGAAGAUAUUCGCGACGGUAGAAGAGGCGGGGGGAUUGGCGGCGCCGCCGUGGAGGGAAGUGUUCAACGGAGCUGGGAUGAGGCCGGUGGGGCUGAGCCAGUUUGCGGAUUUUCAAGCGGAGUGCUUACUUGGCAAAGUACAGGUUCGAGGGUUCCAAAUAGGCAAACGACAUGCUGAGUUGGUGCUGUGCUGGCAUGAGAGGCCUCUAGUCGCCACGUCGGCAUGGAGGUGCUAACUGUUUAGAAUAUUCAGCUUAUCAUAUUUGAUUAUAAAACUUAUAAUCACCACAAAGCAUUGACUACAUAAAAUUAAACUUCAGAGACGCCACUGAUUUUUUCUUUCCCUUUUUUUUUUUAAAAAAAAUAGAAAUUAGACAAAUAGAAUCAUAAAUUAUGAAGCAUAUAGAUAUUUCAUGUGAGGUAAAGAAUCCGUAUCGAACCGAUACUACUCCCAAAUACGUUUCUGACAUGCGAUUUAAUGUAUCUAUUGUUAUGCUUACUUUUUUUAAAGAAAAAAGAUAAACAACUCAUCUAAUCUUUUUCAAUUAAAACUAGACAGCUUAUUUAAAAAACUUACUACUUGAGUACAGAACUAAAAGAAAAAAAAUAAUAAAUAAAAGACCAAACCCUAGAAUAUCAUCCAAUCUUCAUCUUCACAUUUGAGUCCCCACAAAUUCCUCUAAAAUAUAACCCACUUAAAUAUUUCAACAAUUCAAUGAAUAAGUUCUCCAUUUAUCUUCA